UAGGAGCUGUUGUUUUGCGCUACGAUUCCUGCUUUUAAUAUUGUUUCCAUUUUCUUUUAAAUGUUUUUACCAACUAAGUCGGCUCAAAAUUAACUAAACGCUUUCUAACACAGUAACUACGAGAUACGUUUUCGGGAAGUUUAAAAACAGAAACGAUAACGUACGGAGUUAGCUCAUGUUGCUAACGUUAGCCGCUGACUUCACCUCCAGCUUUCCAGGAUGUCUAAACUUGAACGUUUGAAUGCUCGUGUGGCCAAGCUACUGACCGAGGCGGUGCAGGAGGUUCUGGAGGUGGUGAAGGAGACAGUGUCAGAGUACCAGCAGAAAACUGCCAGGACACAGAGGGAGAACGAGAGUCUGAAGAGGAAGCUGCAGGAGCUACAGGACAAGAUAACAAGAGAGAGCACAGCCGCUCCACCCACAAUCAGUCCAUUACCUGAAGAAAAAGAAGACCCACAGAUUCAAGAGCAGGAUCUGGGGCUCUCUUUGUGGCAGGACUCAGACCUCCCUCUCGCAGAGCAAGCACCGAUAAGCAGUCUCAAACCUGACCAUGACGUGAAGCAGGAAUUGAAACAACAGGAGAGCUUCAGUGAUGUUGGAUUACAAGUUGAGUGCAACUUGACACAAACAACAGAACAGUGCAAAGCACAACCCGAGGAGGUGACACACAUUAUCGAGGAGGCAGUGACAGUCCGCACAUCACACAGUGCAGACAGCAACAUCAGCGCUGUCUCAUCCAAUAAUGCGUGCACCUCUCACUCCAGCACCUCACUUGGGGUAAACCUGGCUGGUAUCAAAACAGAGUCAGAACUAGCAGACUGCACAACAUCAGAGCCACCAUCUCUUCCAGAACAAUACAGUGGAUGUGUGGAUUUAAGCUGCAACUCUUCUCGUCAGAACACCGCUGAGACGCAGAGGUCACAUGUUAGUGCUGAACCUCAAGGACGCGUCUUCAUCCACUCAAAUCACCCCGUCCCUCGGAGGCAUGGCUUUGCAAAAAACAGCAGGGCUGCAUUUGAUGGGAGAAAAAACAGGAUGGAGCACUUCAGGAGAGAAGACUCACACUUGUGUGUCGUGUGCGGAAAGACGUUCAGCAGGGUCGGGAACUUGAGAAUCCACCAGCGUUGCCACACGGGAGAGAAGCCGUACGGCUGCAUACAGUGCGGGAGGCGUUUUAGUCAGGCAGGAGACCUGAAGAAACACAAGAGGGUCCACACGGGGGAGAAACCGUACUACUGCAACCAGUGUGGAAAGAGCUUCAGUCGGGGGGAGAAUCUGAAAAGACAUCAGAAGAUUCACAUUGGAGAAAUUUUACAAUUACAGCAGGUGUGGAGGGAGCAACACAAUGAUUAAUGUACAAGACUGACUGCAAAGCACAUUGACUCUGUGGAGAAUCUGUGAAGGAUCAUGUUUGGUCUGUGCCCUUAAGAAACAGUUGCAAGACACCUAAAUUAUUAGCUUGAGAAUUUAUUAAGGCUAGUCUUUUAUAACUUAUUGGGAAUUGUUACAAGGACUUACUUACUGUUCUGCUAUGGAGCCAAUUGUGUGCUAGUUAUGCUACUUUUUUUGUCCCUCUGAUCACAAUGAAACAGGGCUGUAGAAGGUUAUCACCCAACCAAAGAGGCUAAAGCUUUGCAGAUGAAGAGACACUAAUGUAAAGACACACUAUCAGUAUAUAACGAUAAAUCAAACAAUUAGAGUAAUAUUAAAAAAAGGACACAAUAAUCGAAGACAACACAAAAUAAAACUAUAAAAUGAUCAAACGAGACAUAUAUAAAAUAAACUGUGCUAAAUUAAGAAAAGGCUUUUUGAACAGAUAGGUUUUAGAAGUAUUUUAAAAGAUGUCACUGAUUCAGCAAACCUCAAAUCAGAUAUCACAAUAUUUAUGACUAACUGUGACAAUAUUGCAGGGUUAACUAUUUCUCAACUUUCACAAAAUAUUCACACAGUUAGAUUUUUGAUAAUCAUCAGUAAUGUGCAUGAAAUGACUAAGUAGGUAAAGACAAACAAAAGAACAGCUGUAGCAGUCAGGUAAGGAAAAUAAACUUAUGAUAUUACGAUAUCCAAAAUCUAAAAUGAUACAUGAGAUCUAGUCUCAUAUCACAAUAUCAAUAUAAUAUCAAUGUACUGCGCAGCGCUAAUAUCUGUCAAAUGGUGUUUUUGGCUAACACAGUUUGGUCAAUUGUGGAAUUUUACCUCAUAGAGCUGUUACAUUAGAAGAAGAAGAAGAAGAAAAGAAAAGAAAUAUACUUCAGAGGUCCUACAAAGCCAUGGUAUAUUUAUACAGGUUUUUAAAAAAUAUUAUUUUGGCUGAGUCUAUCCAUUGUAGCUGUUUAGUGCGACAAAAAAUACCUUUGCAAUUCUUCUCAACCAGAGUGGAGGUCAAAUCACACAGGGGUGUGCUGGACUUUAAGGAGCUGCACAUUUUAUUAAGCACCUUCAGCUGUCAAAAUGAUUUUAUUAGAAUGUAUAACAUUAUCAGUAAUGUUUCAGACAGUGUAGAAAGGAAACUCAGAUACUGACAUGUGCUAAAAAACAAUAAACAAAACAUGAUGGUGCAGCUCUACUUUGGAUAUAACAAAUUUAUAUCCACUGAGCACUUUCAAAGGUGACAGUGUGUCAUAUAGGAAUAUGAUUUUAGUAAUUUCCAGAUCUGGAUAAGUAUGUGGGGGAAAAAAGAGAAUGGAAAAAUAUUUGUGUUUCCAGACUGUUGGCCCUUAUUCUGUUUUUUAACAUAUACACUUAAGAAUUUCUAGAAUAAAUUGAUAGUACUUAUAAACAGAGUGUUUCUCAUGGUAUUUGGAGCAGGCAGCCAGCACAGCCAAAAUAUUUGCCACCGUGUGAGCGAGUAUGGGCCAGAGCUGGCUCCAUGUCAUUGAAAGCAAAGCUCCAAGUAUGCCAUGUCUAAGUGCUAAACUAAACCGAAUCUGCAUAUCUGCCACCAAAUUAGCCUGAAAGAUAACGUGGCAAUAUCUUUGAAUAGCAUAUAUUCAUAGCAUCACAAAUAACUGACUGUUUAGCUUGUCUAAUAUCUGUGAGUGAUGCAGUGAUGCGGAUAUCUGAUGAGCAAACACUGUCUUGUCUGUGCAAAGGAAACCAAACCUUCAUGGUUGCAUUCAUCGUUGUUUCCAUGGACACAGUGAAUAACCAAGGCUGCACAGGUGCUGUGAAAAUUUAAUUAUUUAAUUUUUUUCCAACUCAUUUUUUAAUUCUUAUUUAUGAAAGAGACUAAAACUAUGGGGUAACAGUGAUAUCAUUUAUUCAACAUGUUAAGAGAAAAUAAUCCAAGUAAAGGCAGCGUUGGUUCGCUUACUUCAUCUUUGGACAGAAACAUUACGAGACACUACAUGAACUAGCUGCAGUCUCCUGGCAGUUAUUGGGCAACAUUAAUAUUAUAUAUGGUCAGAAGGUAACGCACAUGUUUACAAAUGGAUUUUAAAACCAUUAAUUUAUUUUUAAUUUUAAUAAACAUUUGGUUAUUUGAACUCAGAUGCUAAACAUGGGCUGAAAAUCUACCAAGAACUCUGGAAAUGUGAGUCUGCAAAAGUCUGGAGUUGAAUGUAAAAUGUGUAUGAACCCUUUGUGAAGUUGUUUCAGUCAUGUACAGAGUGAGUUCUCUCAUGUUAAAUAAGUAAAGACUGAAUGAUAAAAAGUCUUUAAUAUCUGGACAGCAUGAUUGUCAUGAAAACUGCCUGAUGUUCCAGACUGAUUGAAGCUUGCUGUAUGCUGGAUGUAUUUAUUGCAGAUUUUAUUUAGUUAUUUAGGAUAUAAGCCAGGAAAAUAGAGUUUGUACAGCAGAACAAUAAAUUAAUUUAUUACC